GUAAGUGUUAAAAGUAUCUUAUAUUUAGCGGAAAAGGGACAAGGAGCAAGUUAUUUUUUUGACUAUUUAAAAGAAACUGGACUGGAUAAGAGAAUUUAGGAGGAGACAAGUAUGAGCAGAAGAUGGCAGUAGUGCAACAAACUGGAUGCAAGCUGCCGCUAAACACCAAAGAAGAAGAAGAAGAAGAAUACGAAAUGCGUAAUUUAAAAUUAGCGCGUCUUUAAUUUGUCAUUGCGCUCAUCGGAAUCGUUUUAAUAGUUUAACGUUAAAUGUCAUGAUGGUUAUGGCAGAGAGGAGAGCGCGUGUUUUCCACGACCGGGUGAAAGUUUUGCUGGAGGUUCUGCUGUGUGAAAUCACAGAAGCGUACAGAGAGAGUUUGUGCCUUACACCCUGUGAGGAAUGUUCCUUCAAUAAUCCAGCAGAGGACAUUGAGGGGUGCAGAGACGGAGCAGGAUCGGAAGAGUCCCAGUCAUUUACAGAUCAGCUAUACAGAAACACAGUAUAUCCACUGCAGACAAUGUUCAUUGGAGUUCAGGGAGUAAUGGAGGCCGCACUGAACCAAUCAGAGCCCCCGAAAGAGCUCCGUUCAAUUUUAGUUCAGUCAGAACAGAGAGAAAUCCAGCUGUCAUCUGUAGAAGAAAAGGUUAAAAUAACUAUAUUACCAGCCAAUGACUCUGACAUUUCAAGCACGCUCUUUGGAAAGUCGGAAGAGGAGGAAUCCUUUCAGACUGUUGAUCAGCAAGAAGCACCAGACACAGAUGAAGACAAACUCACACUGGACAUUAAACUUGAGAUUAAAGACACAGCUGUAACAGAAGAUGAAGAUGUGACACUGCUUGUACUGAAGGAGGAUGAUGUGGAAGAGGAAAUUCAAACAUUUCAAAUUUCAGGAGCCCAUACAGAAACUGAGAGUUUAGUGGAAGGUGAAACUGAAGUGAAGCGUGGGGAGAUUGAGGAAUGUAAAACGCCGGAGUUGGACCGGAUCAGAUCUACUAAUGCACAUCAAGAGCUCUCUUGUUUGUCAUCUUGUGUCCAGAAACCGUCGUCGUCUUUGUUCGAGUGUGAACUGGGCACGUUUCCCGAGCUCAAACCCUGCUCUGUAAAGCUCCAGAUGGUCCAAAUACUUCAGAAAGCCAGCAGUUGGUCUAGCCUGUUCCAUGUUUGUAGCUUCUGUACCAAAAUCUUUCUAUACAAGAAACGUCUGAGACGACACCUGCGUUUACACACGGGCGAGAGACCUCACAGCUGCUCGCUCUGUCCCAAAACCUUUAUCCUACGCAAGACCCUUCGUAAACACAAGAGGAUACACUUCCAGAGACCGUACAGCUGCACGCAGUGUGGUAAUCGAUACAGACACUGGAAAAAACUCAGAAUCCAUUGGCGCUCCCAUGCCGGAGAGAGUCCGUUUGUGUGUUCCCACUGUGGAAAAUGCUACAGGACCCUGAAAAUCCUCGACCAGCACCUUACUUACAAGAACCAUGACUGACCGACUAAUCGUGACCGAUCAUUUGUUUGUUCUAAAGGUUUACACUAGCAGUGUAUUUUGUGUCUGUGAAUACUGCAGUAUUUUUUAUUUGGUUGUACUAAAAGCAAAUAAUGUAAAGUUUGGGUUGUAUCAGUUAUGUUGUGUGAUCUUUUAAUCACAAAUAAUGACCUGCAGGAGUAUAAAUGGUAUUCUGUUUUUGCAAAUACAUUCUGUAUCAAGGAAAUCUGCAAUAUUUAAUUUCUGGUUUCAUUUUCAAGGAAUGAAAAUCACGUAAUGGUCAUAGAGUUUGCCUACAUGGAGAGAAUUACAGUAUUAUACUGAAAUAAAGUUCAUCAUAGUUCAACAUAAA